GCAGAGGGAGAGAGAAGGAGAGAGAGAGAUAGAGAAAAAGGGAGGGGGGCGCGUUCUGAAAUAAUAUAGUCAGCCAUUUUUUAUGUAAGGGGAUUUUUUUUUCUUAUUGGGGGGGUUGUUAAAAAAUAAAUAUAAGAGGGCGGCCAUCUUUGUUGCUCUGCCUUAGUGUAAAAUAUUCCAAAACGCCCCCCCUACUUUUCUCCCGUGCCGAUUUGAAUAUUAAAUAAAUAACACUCCAUCCGCUGCAAGAAUUAGAGCUUCGUUGUUUUUUUUUUACCCCCCGUUUUAUUUCAUUUUUUGUUUUGUUUUCUACGAAAAAAAACAAAAAACAAAAACAAACACUGAGCACAAGGACGGAGCCGCCAAUGACAGCGAGGAUAUAAUAAUGUCCUCUCCUCUCCGCUCCUGCGAGGAAGACGAGGGCAUGGUGGUUAAUUCCGAGGGAGGAGAUUUUGAUGAAGAAGACGACGAGGAGGACGACGGAGAGCUGGACGGGAACGCAAGCGACAUAAACUCGCCGGCGGCGCCUCGGGAAACUGCAACACCGCCAGCCGCGCCAGAGGACGACCCAGAGAUAUCAGACAGGGAGGUCCCGUGCAAGAAGAAGGGCCGGCCCAAGAAGAAGAAGGACACAAAGAAGAAAGAGGGGAAGCCGGUCAAAACAAAGAAACGGAAGAAGAUUGACAGCGAUGUAGAGCGAAACUCGGACAGGGAAAGAGACUAUGGGGAAAACUCGGACAGCCUGGCCAGCGACUAUGGCUCAGGUGAGAAAAAGAAAAAGAAGAAACACAAAGAAAGGAAGGAGAAGAAAACCAAGAAAAAGAAAAAGGACGACGGGGACCGAGACAGUAGCCAGGAGGAAACAACAAAGCAACCGAUAGAGCAGAAGACAUCUGCCCAGCUGGCAAAGGAGUGGGGCCUGGAGGAUGUUGACCAUACCUUCACAGAGGACGACUACAGAGAGCUCACAAACUACAAAGCCUUCAGCCAGUUUAUGAGGCCCAUGAUAGCCAAGAAGAACCCGAAGAUCCCCAUGUCCAAGAUGAUGACCAUCCUGGGGGCCAAGUGGCGGGAGUUCAGCUCCAACAACCCCUUCAAAGGCAACGCCGCCGCCGUCGCAGCCGCCGCAGCCGCCGCCGCCAUCGCUGUUGCCGAGCAGGUCUCUGCAGCGACCGCCUCGCCCGAGCCCCCGCCUCAGCCGCCGCCCAUCAGAAAGGCCAAGACGAAAGAGGGCAAAGGUCCGGGAUAUAAAAAGCGCAGUAAAAGUCCUCGAGUGCCCGACAAGAAGAAAGCCGUCGCCAAGGCUAAAAAGAUGGCCCCCAUCCGUAUUAAGCUACUACCUAUAGCUGGGAAGAGGAAGAAGAGCUGCUCCAGCGACGACAUGGACGAGGAGGAGUCUGAGCAGGAGGACUCCAGCGUCCACAGCUCCUCCGUCCGCUCCGACAGCUCGGGCCGAGUGAAGAAGAACAAGCGGGGACGGCCCGCCAAGAAGAAGAAGAAAGUCGCCGGUGAGGAGGAAGGCGACGGCUACGAGACGGAUCACCAGGACUACUGUGAGGUGUGUCAGCAGGGCGGUGAGAUCAUCCUGUGUGACACCUGUCCUCGAGCGUACCACCUGGUGUGUCUCGAACCCGAACUGGACAAGGCUCCCGAGGGCAAGUGGAGCUGCCCGCAUUGUGAAAAAGAGGGAAUCCAGUGGGAGGCGAAGGAUGAGGACUUUGAGGACUUCGAGGAGGACAGCGAGGACAGAGUGAUAUCAGAGGUCAGCAUGGGGGUCCCCACGGGCGCGGAGGAAGAGGAGGACGACCACAUGGAGUUCUGCCGGGUGUGUAAGGACGGUGGCGAGCUGUUGUGCUGCGACACGUGCACGUCCUCCUACCACAUUCACUGUCUGAACCCUCCGCUGCCCGAGAUCCCCAACGGGGAGUGGCUUUGUCCACGAUGCACGUGCCCGCCAAUCAAAGGCAGGGUCCAGAAGAUCCUCCACUGGAAAUGGGGCGAACCUCCUCCUCCCAUUCCUGUCCCGCCGCCUCCGGACGCCCCUCCUGACGCCCCGCCGCCGCCGCCCAUGAAGGGCCGAGCAGAGAGGGAGUUUUUCGUGAAGCUGACCAACCAGUCGUACUGGCACUGCACCUGGAUCACCGAGCUGCAGCUGGAGAUCUUCCACUCAGUGAUGUACAGAAACUACCAGAGGAAGACGGACAUGGACGAGCCCCCCAGCCUGGACUACGGCUCGGGGGCGGAGGACGAGAACGGGGUGGGGAAGAGCGAGAAGAGACGGGCCAAAGAUCCCCAGUACGCCCUGCUGGAGGAAAAAUACUACAAGUACGGCAUCAAGCCCGAGUGGAUGAUGAUCCACCGCAUCAUAAACCACAGCGUGGAUAAAAAGGGCGUCUACCACUACCUGGUAAAGUGGAAAGACCUGACCUACGACCAGUGCACCUGGGAGAGAGACGACAUGGAUAUACCUGAAUUUGAGCCCCACAAGGCCAACUACUGGAGGCACAGGGACAACAUCAUGAAGGAGGACCCCGACAAGCCCAGGAAGAUGACGAGCAAGGAGGGAGACGGUGAAGAGGAGUCUCCUCCCUCCCCACUCACAGAUCCGACCAUAAAGUACGAGGAGCAGCCCGACUUCGUCACGGCGACGGGCGGCACCUUGCAUCUCUACCAGCUGGAGGGCCUCAACUGGCUUCGCUUCUCCUGGGCUCAGGGCACCGACACCAUCCUGGCGGAUGAAAUGGGCCUGGGCAAAACCAUCCAGACCAUCGUCUUUCUCUACUCGCUGUUCAAAGAGGGCCACACUAAGGGCCCUUUCCUGGUGAGCGCGCCCCUCUCCACCAUCAUAAACUGGGAGAGGGAGUUUGAGAUGUGGGCGCCGGAUUUCUACGUGGUGACGUACACGGGAGACAAAGACAGCCGAGCGAUCAUCAGAGAGAACGAGUUCACGUUCGACGAGUCCGUCAAAGGAGGGAAGAAGGCCUUCAAACUCAGGCGCGAGGCUCCGAUUAAAUUUCACGUCCUCCUGACCUCCUACGAGUUGGUGACCAUCGAUCAGACGGCGCUCAAGUCCAUCGACUGGGCGUGCCUGGUGGUGGACGAGGCUCACCGCCUUAAGAACAACCAGUCCAAGUUCUUCAGGCGCCUAAACGACUACAAAAUCGACUACAAGCUGCUGCUGACGGGGACUCCUCUACAGAACAACCUGGAGGAGCUGUUUCACCUGCUCAACUUCCUCACGCCCAAUCGCUUUAACAACCUGGAGGGCUUCCUGGAAGAGUUCGCCGACAUCUCCAAAGAGGACCAGAUCAAGAAGCUCCACGACCUCCUGGGGCCUCACAUGCUGCGGAGGCUCAAGGCCGACGUCUUCAAGAACAUGCCGGCCAAGACUGAGCUGAUAGUCAGGGUGGAGCUCAGCCCCAUGCAGAAGAAGUACUACAAGCUGAUUCUGACCAAGAACUUUGAGGCUUUGAACUCAAAAGGCGGAGGAAACCAGGUGUCUCUGCUCAACAUCAUGAUGGACCUGAAGAAGUGCUGCAACCAUCCGUAUCUCUUCCCCGUCGCCUCCAUGGAAGCCCAGAAAACCCCGAGUGGGGCGUACGAAGGAUCGGCCCUGACCAAGGCCUCUGGGAAACUGACCCUGCUGCAGAAGAUGCUGAGGAAGCUGAAAGAGCAGGGGCACAGAGUGCUGGUCUUCUCCCAGAUGACAAAGAUGCUGGAUUUAUUAGAAGAUUUCCUGGACUAUGAGGGUUAUAAGUAUGAGAGAAUCGACGGAGGCAUCACCGGCGCGCUGAGACAAGAGGCCAUCGACAGGUUCAACGCUCCCGGAGCUUGUCAGUUCUGCUUCUUGCUGUCCACCAGAGCGGGAGGCCUGGGCAUAAACCUAGCCACGGCCGACACCGUCGUCAUCUUCGACUCUGACUGGAACCCGCACAACGACAUACAGGCCUUCAGCAGAGCUCAUCGCAUCGGGCAAGCCAACAAGGUGAUGAUCUACCGCUUCGUGACGCGAGCCAGCGUGGAGGAGCGCAUCACCCAGGUGGCCAAGAGGAAGAUGAUGCUGACGCACCUGGUGGUGCGGCCGGGCCUGGGGUCCAAGGCCGGCUCCAUGACCAAGCAGGAGCUCGACGAUAUCCUCAAGUUUGGCACGGAGGAGCUCUUCAAGGACGAAGGCGAAGGUAUGAAGAACAACUCCGGGGACAAAGCGGAGGACGAGGGCAGCGUCAUCCACUACGACAGCGCCGCCAUCGAGAGGCUGCUGGACCGCAGCCAGGACGCCACGGACGACUCGGACGUCCAGAACAUGAACGAGUACCUGAGCUCCUUCAAGGUGGCCCAGUACAUGGUCCGAGAGGAGGACAAGAUUGAGGAGAUCGAGCGGGAGAUCAUCAAACAGGAGGAGAACGUGGACCCGGACUACUGGGAGAAGCUGCUGCGGCAUCACUACGAGCAGCAGCAGGAGGACCUGGCCAGCAAACUGGGCAAAGGGAAGAGGAACCGCAAGCCCGUCAACUACAACGACGCCGCGCAGGAGGACCAAGAUAACCAGUCCGAAUACUCCGUGGGCUCGGAGGAGGAGGACGAGGACUUCGACGACCGGCCCGAAGGUCGCAGGCAGUCACGUCGUCAGCUGAGGAACGAGAAGGACAAGCCUCUGCCUCCUCUUCUGGCCAGAGUGGGAGGCAACCUCGAGGUGCUGGGUUUCAACACACGGCAGCGCAAGGCUUUCCUGAACGCGGUGAUGCGUUGGGGGAUGCCGUCUCAGGACGCUUUCUCAUCUCAGUGGCUCGUUAGGGACCUCAGGGGAAAAACCGAGAAGGAAUUCAAAGCUUACGUGUCCCUCUUCAUGCGCCACCUCUGCGAGCCGGUCGCCGACGGGGCCGAGACGUUCGCCGACGGCGUCCCGAGGGAGGGCCUGUGCCGGCAGCUCGUCCUGACGCGUAUCGGCGUCAUGUCUCUCGUCAAGAAGAAGAUCCAAGAGUUUGAGCACAUCAACGGGCGGUGGAGCCUUCCAGAGCUCAAACCCGAGGUCGGCAUCGACAAAUCCUCCUCCCGGGGCUCCUCUCCGGCCGCAAAGACCGCAACUCCCACACCCGACGCCAGCUUCAACAACACUCCAUGCACCUCAAAGCCAGCGACUCCUGCUCCAUCGGAGAAGCUGGAAAAGAACGGGAAGGAGGCUGAAAAGGAGGAGGAGAAAGGAGAGGCUGAGGCCUCCACGGAAAAGGAGAAGGCGAGGGAGCAACAGAAGGAGGACGGCAACAAGACUGGCGACACUGAGGAGCUUCCAUCCUCGACGAAAGAAAUAUCACAGAAGGCGUCUCCAGGUCCAAAAACUGACAGCAAAGAAGAGGGUAAGACCAAGGAGGACGACGGGAAGGAUCCGACCGAGUCUUCAGCCGCGACGUCAGAGGAAGAUAAACCGCCGGAGGAGAGUAAGGAGGAGGCGAAGCAAGACGCAGACGUCACAGAAACAAACACGAACAAGAAAGAGGGAGAGAAGGCCGGGGAGGACGGCAGGAAAGAAAAGCGGGAUGAAAUACGAGGCACUCCAGAAGCGCCAGAAGCCAGGGAUAAAACCGAGACGUCUGACGUGAAGAGAGAAGAGGGCAAAGGUGAAAAGGACGCAGGAAAAGAGAUCAAAGCAGCCAAGGAGGAGACGACAAAGGGUACCGCGAAGCCUCAGACGGAGCGGCCGCGCUUCAUGUUCAACAUCGCAGACGGCGGCUUCACAGAGCUGCACACGCUUUGGCAGAACGAGGAGCGGGCGGCCAUCUCCUCGGGUAAGAUGAACGAGAUCUGGCACCGUCGACACGACUUCUGGCUUCUGGCAGGAAUCGUGGUACACGGCUACGCUCGUUGGCAGGACAUCCAGAACGACCCGCAGUUCGCCAUCGUCAACGAGCCGUUCAAGUCGCAGGCCAACAAAGGAAACUUCCUGGAGAUGAAGAACAAGUUUUUGGCUCGCCGCUUUAAGCUGCUUGAGCAGGCGCUGGUGAUCGAGGAGCAGUUGCGGCGGGCGGCUUACUUAAACAUGACCCAGGACCCGAGCCACCCGGCCAUGGCGCUCAACGCUCGCUUCGCGGAGGUGGAGUGCCUGGCGGAGUCGCACCAGCACCUCAGCAAGGAGUCGCUGGCGGGGAACAAGCCAGCCAACGCGGUCCUGCACAAAGUGUUAAACCAGCUGGAGGAGCUGCUGAGCGACAUGAAGGCCGACGUGACCCGGCUGCCCGCCACGCUGUCCCGAGUGCCGCCCAUCGCCGCGCGGCUGCAGAUGUCCGAGAGGAGCAUCCUCAGCCGGCUCGCCAGCAAGGGCACCGAGACGCACACGCCCCCGCCCAUACCUCCAGGACCCUACGCCACCCUUCAGAACUACGGAGCGCCCUUCACCCCGGCCCCGCCCAGCGCUCUGCACAUGGGAGGGGCCAACUACAGCCAGAUGCCGCCGGGAUCCUUCAUAUCAGAAGCCGCCGCCGCUGCCACUGCUGCUGCUGGGGCCACCGGGGGAGCCGCUGGUGGAGCCGCAGGGGGGUCAACAGCUGCCGGGAUUUUCCAGAAGACCAAGGAGCACGAUGUGAUGCAGCGGCAGCGAGUGGUGGACCUCUGGAAAGACGGCAAGUCAGAAGGGGCAAUCGGGCUGGAGCUGAGGAUGCCCAAGUCCACGGUGCACAGCAUCAUCGUCAAGUAUCGGCUCAGCAACACGGUGGAGAACCUGCCGCGCAACGGGCGACCAAAAAAGCCCUGACGCAAAGGAGAGGGAGACUCAGGAAUGUAGCAAAACUGAUAAAGACUGGCUUUAAGAACAUGAACGAAUAAAACAAAGCUCCAAAGAAGACCUAAUAACAAAGCGCUUAGGCACCGCCGGAAUGUGAAGCAUACAAACAUUGAAGAAACAAAUCUCACAACACAGAAAUUGAAGGCUUGCAAAAUAAAAAAAAUAAAAAAAAAGCAGUGGCAGCACUUUGACCCACAAAAGAGGCAACUGCUUAAAGAGUGGACCAAAAAUAAGCUGGGACAAAUGAAGAGUGCUGCUGAGACAAAAAGCCUAAAAGAGUCUGACUGGACUGAAAGGAGGACAAAAAAGGAGAGAAUGUUAAUGCAAUCAGUUUUUUAGGGGGGGGAAAAUGCAGCAAAAGGAUCUUUUUUAGAUCUUCUCAUACAGAUUUCUUGAGACUUCUUUUUCUGUUUUUAACUUUGAGCCAAAAGAUUUCCCUCCGGAUCAAUCCUUCAUCCAGAGGCUGACUGAACAAGCCGGUUCCCUCGAUCUGACCCUGCACUCCCUCAUUCCUCCACAGUCCUCUCGUCCUACACACACAGUACUGCGCACACACACACACACACACACACACACACACACACACACACACAGACACACAAAUAUACAAACACGUUGGAUCUCUCAAACAACCUGAAAACCUGCAAAGAUCUUAGUUUAUCUGCUUGAAUGCAGGAAGACGAAAUCCAAACUCAAAUUAGCGAAAGAUAAACUGGGCCCAGUUCAUUUUGCAGAGAAAACAGGAAAAGAAAGCAAAACUUAACUUUAACCCCAUGGAUCAUCUUGUUGUAGAACUCCUAAGCCCAACCAAGCAUAAACCCGAAAAGCCGCAGAUAUGGAAAACUGAUUUGUAGCCUUUUCAUCAGAAUCAGUAGCAGCUCACCCAACCUGAUGAACUGCCAAUGAAAUAUGUACUGUAAUGCAAGUGGAACAAUAUAUUUUGCUCCUGCACCUUUUUUUAAUGGGAGAUUGUCUCCUUACAGGGGAAAUCACUCUUUUGAAGUAUCUACAUUUCCCGUUUUUAGACCUCAUGACAACAGCAAGCACUAUUUAUGAGCCGCUCCUCCUCGUAGAUGAACCCUGCAAUCUGUCACUGGAAGAAAAAGGGAGACUCGCUUUGAAGCUCGCAGAGACAUUUUUGUUCCUCGAGCUACUUUAUUGUGACAGCGUGAUGGAUUCCACGUGGUGGAAAAUGUCCCUUGAUCCCAGAGAAAAUAAAACACUCCUGUCUGCGUUAUCGCUUUUUCAGAACCCUGUGCGUUUUUGUGUUCGUGUGUGUGUGUGUGUGCAGCAAAGCUGUGCCUACCGUCUUAUUAUGAGGAGAAAGGAGGUGCUGUGUUGAAUGGGGCAGAAUUUAAUUUUCAGUUAAUACAGUAAACAUUUCAGAAUCAGGUGUGUGAAUGUCAUGACACUAAAGCUGAGUGGUAUUUCCCUUUAAUUGUAAAAGUUGUGUGGCCUGCAAUGAGUAUACAUGGUAUGCGCUCAUGUGUUAAAUCAUUGUAAAUCUGUGCAUUUUGCAUGAUAAUUUAGGAACUUUUAUAAAACCUAGCUUACUUUUGUAUUUUGAAGUAAUGGUGCCAAGGAUUCUUUCCCAUUUCGAUUUUUUGUGAAAUACUUUUCCAUUGCAAUGAUUUUGCUUUUUCUCUGAAUACAUUUAGCCAAAGAAACUGUAUUUGAUUCACCAAAUCUAAACUCAAAGCUAAAUGUA